GACUGCAGUAAGGAGCGAAAUUUGAAUUCGUCAAAGACCUGUAACGUUUUGGUAGUGGUGUGUGCCUUCCUUCAAUGCAUUGCAAUGUUCUGGCUUUGUUGGUAAACAACAUACUUUAGUCGGGGGUUGGGACGAUUAACUAUAGAGGAACUAAAUGGCCAGUCUUGGUUCGACAUCAGACAUGGAUUGCCUAAACAUGGCCCUGUUGGACACCCCAACAUCUCCAACCUCACCAGAACAAGGCGGGAGAACAGCACCUCUGGAUUUCCCCCACGCCACACCUUUGCAAUUUGGAAUAACAACUAACAGCUUCUCUGUGCCCUCAAAACUCCAAGACAAAUCCAGAGUGUCACAGCUGAAGGCCAGGCGGAGGUCGACAAUUGGAGUCAGGGGGUCCCCAGAAACAAAUGCUCUCAUCCGCUACAUUGCAAAGCAGAGAAUGCAGGCUUCUUCACCUACAACAGAGCAUCUGCGAUUGCAAUCGUCACUGCCAAGAACCCAAACGCUGAAGCAGAAAAUGGCUGCCUUCCAGAUUGUGAUGGAGGAGGUUGAUGAGGAGGGGAAAUUAGAAUUGAUGAUUACUCCAGGAAAGAGCGAUCAGAAGCUGGAGUGUAUCGGUGCAGGCAAUACCCAUUCUGAUAAACUGGACUCACUCCUGGGUAAGGAGAACAGGGUCACACCAGGCUAUCUUAGCCCCGCAACACCACCACCCUCAAAGCGAGUGCACAGAGGUCCACUACAGGAAUGUGAGGGGAAGAUUAGAGGGGCCACAUUCUCUGCCCCUCAGGAGAAGGUUCGAGUUUUUGACUUUCAGAGCAUUGCACAUCAGGACACUACGUUUCAUCGACAGGUUCAGCAUAUGCCAUUCCCUGUUCUGUCUCAACAAACUAAAGCAAGCUUAAACCGUAGAGAUGAGCCUGGGGUCUCAUCUGUUACCAAGAAGAAGCGGGUACAUUUUGGGGCGCCGCUCUCUCCCGAGUUCUUUGACAAGACUCUCCCUCCGAGCACCCCACUACAGAAGGGUGGCACCCCAUUCCGGCAGCCUGUAUCAGCAGGCUCAAACUUGCGGCCGUUACUCAAGACCCCCCAGAGAAAUGAAGCUUCCAUUCAACAGCCUGACUUCAACAGUCCAGGUGCUGCUGAUGGCUCACCGACACUCAGCCAGACCAAAGUCCUCCAAGGAACAGUGAGCAGUGACAUUGUGUUCCGAGAUACAGAGGAUGAGGUUCCUCGACUUGUACUGGAGGAGAAUGCUGAGGUUGACCUUGUGACAGAGUUGAACAGUGCAGGUAUUUCUGAAGAUGCCUCCUCAAACGAGCUGAGAGGCUCCCAGGCCCAUGUCGUGACCUCUCUUUUCCAGACAGAGCCCUUCCUUGAGGAACAGACAGCAGGAGCUGAGCUGAAGCUCGUCUCCUCCCCCCAGCAGCAGCAGGACCCCGCCACCUCGAGCAGCCCUGCCAGGACCCGCGGCAGGAAGAGGAAGCAACCCUCCGCAGAAGCAGCAGCAGCAACUGUUGAGAGUGAGCCCCCGUCGGAGAGGAAGAGGCCCAGCCACGCCGCCUCCACAUCUGCCUCAGGGAAGAAGGUGUGUCAGUCGGAACAGAAGCGGGUGCGUUUCGGUGCGCCACUCUCCCCAGAAUUCUUUGACAAGACUCUCCCUCCCAGCACCCCGCUACAUAAGGGGAGCACCCCAUUCCGUCAGCCAGCCUCCGCGGGGGCAAAGCUGUGCUCUGUGCUAAAGACUCCGCAGAGAGAUGAAACCGCACUUCAACAGCCCGAGCUCUGCCGUCCAGAGGCCACCGAUGGCUCACCCACCCUCAGCCAUACCAAAGCCCUGGAAGCAGCUGUGAGCAGUGAACUCAUGCUCCAAGAUACAGAGCAACAGAUCCCCAGAUUUCUUCUUGAGGAAGAUGAUGAGGUUGUGCCAGAGGUGAAGAGUGCAGAUAAUUUCAAAGAUGCCUCCCUAGAUGAGUUGGCUGACUCCCAGACACCGAACAUGAGCUCCUCUUACCAAGUGGAACCUGUCUUGGAGAAACAGACAGCAGGAGCUGAGCUGAAGCUCGUCUCCUCCCCCCAGCAGCAGCAGGAGCAGCAGCAGCAGCCGCCUCCUCCGUCACCACCUCCUCUCCAGCAUGAGGAGCCACAGCAGGACCCCGCCACCUCCAGCAGCCCUGCCAGGCCCCGCGGCAGGAAGAGGAAGCCACCGGCGGCAGCAGAUGCUGAGAGCGAACCCCAGCUAGGAAGGCGGAGGCCCAGCCGCUCGGCUGCGCUCUCGGCCUCAGGGAAGAUGAAGGACUCUGCAGGAAAGCGGCGUUUUGGAAGUAAGGAGGUGGACCGCUCUCUGUAUGGGAGGAGAGUAUACGCCUCCAAAAACCCUCUGCUCAGCCCCGUCUUUGAAUCCCAGGGUUCCAGCAGUGGUGGCGUCACUCCAGCUAACCCGUCUGGAACAUCCACAGGGAAUGGAGUUCCUCGCAAGUCCCUGCCUACUCAGAGUUCCCAAAGUGAAAUUGUUAGUGAUGUCGUCACUGCUGCCGGCAGGUGGCGCCAACGCUUCUGCCCCCAGCCCACUGAGGAACCCUCAGACAUGAGUGACCUCACCGAGGCCCAGCAGGCCACAGGGGACCAUCCUCCUGAAAUCCCCGCAGACGGAUCAGAGGUGAGCAGCCUGCCAUCCCAGGCCGCAUCCAGCACCACACCCAGAGGCAGGGGCCGCCCUAGUAGGGCCAAUCCCAAACCCAAGACUCCAAAAGCUGAAGCUGCCCCGGCCAAGCCCACGGUCAGACGCAGCAGGGGCAGAAGAAGUGGCUCCUUGCGUAGCGAUGCUGCUGCCCACAUGACUGAGGCCCAGCCUGCUGGCGAGGAACAUGAGAACGUAACUGGGCAGAGCAGAGGCCAGAUCCACCCCGAGGCAGAAUCAGCGCUCUCCAGCCAGCCCACUCGUGACCAUCAUGAGAGUGGUGGCCUUCAGCUGAGCCCUCGCCACUCCACUGAGACUGCCGACACCCACGGGGCCGAAGCAGCGCUGUCCCACGAGCCCUGCGGCGAGACCGAGCAUCAGACCGUGACGAGCGCUGAUGGCAGACAGAGCCCUGCCAUGGAGGGAGAUGAGAGUGACGUGGACACUCUGCAGCACCAGGAUCCAGCUGGUCCCUCAGGCAAGCAGAGGAAGAGAGCAGUUGGAGGCAGAGCCAAACGGAGGAGCUCUCGGAUACAGCUCAGCGCAGUGAUGGAGGAGGGGGGCCCUGGACAGGAGAACGGAGAGGUGACCGAUGAGAAGGAAUCUGAACUCCCAGCUCCGUCUGGGUUGGAGGACUCGGGCAAGGCUGGCGUGUCCGAGUCCAAGGGUACAGACAAAAAUGGCCUGGAGGACAGGGACGCGCAGGAACACAGAGUGAACUCGCAUGCAGACAACAAGACUAGUCUGGCACCGUGGCAGCAGAUAGAGUUCAGUAUUGAGGACGUGCUCAAGCCGGUGCCGUCGAGCAGGCGUUCAGUGCGGCGCAGCCUAAGGAACCGGAGCGAGCAGGUGUCCGAGUCCGGGGCCUUUUCCGGCCUGGCAUGGGUGGCACACACUUCCCCCGACAUUGCCGCGCCCCGCCGAGCGGGCCGCAGAAGAAACAGCUCACGCCUCAGCAUCAACCUCCAGCCCCCAAACCUUCUGGAAGAGCCCGAACCCCAGGAUGAACCUGAGCCAGCAGAGCCAUGAAGGCAUACUGUGCUCUAUAAGUUUACCAAACCGUGGGAGAAGACUUUCUUUUAGAUCUGUUUUUGGAGGAGGUUGGUUUUAUAUCUAAUCUUUUAUGUUUUUUGUUUUCUUUUGUUUUUAUUUUUUUUUUUAAACCUAAUCAUUCAUCUGGCUCUCUGUGGCAAACCCAUCCCUGAAGCUGUUGGAAGCAUCACAGUGCAUUCCUAAUAUCUAAUAUAUUCUAUGUACAUCGAAACAUCUGAGCCCGGUUCGAAACAAGCACUCUGACUUCCAUUGUGUGACCCCUGUAAAUAUACCUCUUUUAUUCGCCAUUAAAACCACUGAAUGAUGCCCUGAUUGACCAUCAUUUCACAGAGAGCAGUUUUUCGAGAGGCAAUUAUCCACAUGUUAGUAUGACUCACUAUCCAAACAAAUGACGGUCAUUAAACAGGAAACUGUUGUAAUUUGUGUUUGUAGACACAUCCAUACAGCACAUCACUUCUGUGUGAUUCACUGAGAGUUUCAGUGUUGUUGUCAUGAUUCAUAAGCAUCUCUUAAAAUACAUGUGGUCACCAGGCUCACCAGUUUCUGCUUGGUAGUCAUGUAAUAAUUUGAAGGUUAAGUUACUGGUCCUGUUCUUCUGCCCAUGAAUGAUGUCUACUGUAUUAUUAAACUCAGAUGUUGGGAAACGUUG